AUGGCACCCAACGCUCCCAGUCCAAUGGACAUUGAAAAUAUGAACGACGCUGCAAUCGAACAAGUUCGUCAACAGGUCAGUGAUAUCAUUGAUCCACGUUAUGAUACCAAAUGGAACAUGCUUCGAUGGCUUCAAUCGAACGAUUUCAAUAUUCCAAAGACUGUCCAUUUGCUGAAAAAACAUUUGAAAUGGCGUAAAGAUCGGAAACUCGAUGAACCUGAAAGUCAAUCUCUUCUCCAAUUCAGUGAUGCCAGAAGAAAACACGCUCCGGUUGACAUUAUUGGCCCACAAAGAAAAGAAGGAGGUGAUCGACUGGUGGUUGUGGAUCGGGCAGGAAGAAUUGAUGUAGCCGGAUUGAUGAAAGCUGUGCAGCCAACCGAAUACCUUCAUGAGAUGUUCCGGACUUUUGAAGAAAUCCAAAGAAGACUUAUGAAGAUGGAAGCUGAAACUGGAGUUCAAUGCUUCAUGCACUACAUUUUUGAUCUCGAAGGUCUUCACUUUGAUCCUACAUUGCUGGGCGUUGUGAAUGGCCCCUUCCGUGUUUCAUGGCAAUUGGUUGGACAGCAUUAUCGAGAGUUCAUUGAUAAAUUCAUUGUGAUCAAUUCACCCAGUUACAUCAAUGUCUUGUGGUCCGCUUUGUCCUCAUUCAUUCCAGAACAAUCAAAACAGAGAAUCGUUUUUGCUGGAUCCAGUUGGAAGGAAGAACUUUUGGAGAUUGUUGACCAAGACUGUCUGCCGGAGAGAUACGGAGGAAACAUUCCAGAUAAUGAUUGUCUGAAAAUUGUAGAACCGAUUCCAAAAUCUACGUAUUGGAAGCUUCCCGUUCACUACCCUUCCAUGGAACAACUACACAAGGUUUCAGUAUCUGCUUCGAAACAUCGAAUGCUUGUCUACAAAGUUGAUAAACCGGAUAUAGAACUUUUGAUGUACUCUCACAAUGAAAAUGACAUCACCAUAACCUUGUACUAUUCGAAGGAAAAGGAAACAUCUGAAAAUGAUCUGGAAUUGGCGGUGGCUCCUAUUCCUAAAUGUGGCCUUCCAGCAAUGGAUCUAUUCGAUUACAAUUGCGAAUUCCCCGGAUAUUACUAUGUGAAACUGGCAAAUGAAGCAUCAUGGCUUCUUCCAUCUACUUACAGGAUGAUUGUGAUUGAGAAGGAGACUGGAAAAGAGUUGGAACCAAUCAAUUUGAAUGAGAAGUGGAUCAAAAAAGGACAAAAAGCCAAGAAAAAGUGA